AUGCGCGCCCUUCCCAGGUCUGAGCCCAACGCGUCCUGGUGGGCGCUGGCCAACGCCUCGCGCUGUGCAGGCUGUGGCGCCAACGCCUCGGACGGCCUCGCCCCUGCGACGUGGUCCGUGGACGCCUGGCUCGUGCCGCUCUUCUUCGGCGCGCUAAUGCUGCUGGGCCUGACAGGGAACUCGCUUGUCAUUUUCGUCAUCUGCCGCCACAGACAGAUGCGCACGGUGACCAACUUCUACAUAGCCAACCUGGCAGCCACGGACAUGACCUUCCUACUCUGCUGUGUUCCCUUCACUGCCCUACUCUACCCACUGCCUGCCUGGGUGCUGGGUGACUUCAUGUGCAAGUUUGUCAACUACAUUCAGCAGGUGGGCUGGAGGCUGGGGAGCUAGGGGGUGGGUCUGUUUGUGGGCAGAUAGAUGCCAUGGGAGAGUUUGGGGCCCAGUGGGAAGUGGGUUGGGGAGGCAGCUCUGAGGGAGUGUCCCACAGCCUCUCCUCCUCCCACCUCUCUGCACCCCCAGGGGCAGAAGCUGGCGGGUCGAGCGGACGCUGUGCGGGCCAAGGUGUCACGGCUGGUGGCGGCCGUAGUUCUGCUCUUCGCUACCUGCUGGGGCCCCAUCCAGCUGUUCCUGGUGCUGCAGGCCUUGGGCCCGUCGGGCUCAUGGCACCCGCGCAGCUAUGCGGCUUACGCGCUCAAAACCUGGGCGCACUGCAUGUCCUACAGCAACUCGGCAUUAAACCCGCUGCUCUACGCGCUCCUGGGCUCUCGCUUCCGUCAGGCCUUGCGUCGGGUCUGCCCCUGCGAUGCCUCCUAUUACAUGGGGCCACUUCUGGGCUCUGUGGACCCAGCAGUGACCAAGACAGAUUCCUCCCUCACCCAGCAGGGAGGGGAAGAGGAGUCUCUGAGGAACCUGGACUGCACCUUCUUCAAAUCUCCUGGACCCUCGGCCUGUCAGUGA